AUGAAUGAUAAAAAUACUACUGAGUUCGUACUAAAUUUAUUAAGCUGCAAAUAAUCUAAUAAGUAAUGAGUAAUAACUAGGCAUCCCAAUACGUGCAUCUAUAAAAUAACAUUUUUUACCUUUUUUUAAAAAAAAUGUUUGGUUAAAAUGUACAGAUAUUUUUUUCGGUAAAACUCCCAUCACUAGAUAAUAUACGAAACAGAUAUCAAUGCGACGGUUGAUGACGUUCACUGUCACCUUGUUGAUUGGAGUUUUGUUGCCGGCUUUCGGCCGUUUGGCACCGUAUGUCCCAGACUGGCCACACCGGUUGACCACGGCCACAUUGACGGCGUACGUGAACAAAACGUUUGGGCCGUUGCAACGGUGCUUGAAAGUGGCGGCCGACGACACUGACGAGGCAGCCGCUAUAGUGGCCAUGCUCUACCCGCAGCUGGCCAACGACAGUGCGGGCGGACAUCAGUCCAACGUGGACGCGCCAACCAGGACAAUCGUGUUAGACGCGUAUGGUGACGUUCCAUUGUUCUGUACUGCCUACAUGGUCAUCGGACGUCGGCUGGAGACAAUCGAAAAGUAUUUCGAAUAUUUUAGGAGUGAUGCGGCCGAGAGGAUGUUGGUGGUCGUCGUACAGAGUAGGAAAUACAUUAAGCCGUUCAUCAAGUACUCACCUUCAUACUUCAAUUACAAAGAUGUUAUACUUAUAAAUGUAUAUCCGCAAAAAGAAGCAGUGUAUCAAAUGAGCAUAUACUUCAAGAAAUUCGUCCCUAUUUCCAAGCAUCAGAACCAAUGGUUUACACAUGACUUGGAAGGAAAACAAAAAGUGAAAAACUUUUAUAAGACCCGUAUAAAAUUAUUGGCUUACAACAAUUCAUUUUUUAGUACUGUGAUAAAAGACAAUGGAACGGGAAAAUUAAGCUUAUCGUAUGGCGUCGAAUGUAGUAUAUUCAAAGAAAUUGCUACAAGAUUGAAUAUCACAUGGGACACAUAUACAUCUGACGACAAAGACAAAUGGGGAACAGUAUGGUCGAACAAUACAAUAACCGGUGGUGCACUCAAAUGGUUGUAUACUAAAAAGGUUGAUGUAUCAUUUUGCUCACUUUGGAUUGAUCAUAUAAAAACCAAGUUCGUGGACAUGUCUAAAUUUUGGACAUUAACUUGUUUAAAAUUUUUGGUUCCCAAGCCCCUGCCUUUGCGAGAAAAAUGGGACUUGCUGUUCAAACCGUUUCCGUUAAGUUUGUGGCUAUUAGUUUUAUUUUCUGCGACGUUAACGACGAUUACAGUAUGGAUAUUGGCAGGCAUUCAGAAAAAGAUUGGCUAUGCAAAUAUUAACGCAUUUACUUCGUUAUCAGCUACCAUUUUUUGGAUUAUCGGAAUGAUGUUGUUGACUAACAAUCCACGAACUUACAAAAUGGGACCUAUUAGACAUUUGAUCAGUUGGUGGUGCAUGUUUAUAUUCAUCAUAUCUACUUCGUUUUCCAGCAUUCUCUAUUCAUUCAUUACAUCACCCGAGUACACAGAUAUUGUUUUGGAGGUUGAAGACAUGGUGAAAGCCAAUUACCAUUGGGGCCUCACAUAUCCACCCCCUUAUGAAUACAUACUAAAAAUGGAGAAUCCCGUCCACGUGAAGUUCAGCAAGCGGUUCGUACCGGAACGCGGAGUGGACGAUCGGAUCAGCCGAUUGAAGCACGGCCGGUACGCAAUUCUGACGAAGUGCCUGUACGAGAAACACUUCAUGGAGUCGGAUAAAGUGCCAGUGGCUAUGUUGAACAACCUGCGGACGGCUCGGACGUGCUUGAGCCAGUUUUAUAUCGGUUUCGGAUUCGCUAAGCGGUCGCCAUACGCGAAACCGGCAAACCUGGUUAUCCAGCGGAUCUUUGAAAGUGGGCUGAUCGACUAUUGGCUAAGCCGGGUGACCGAAGUCCACAUAUCGCCCGCCACGUUCAAGCAAGUGUACGAGAUAAAGCCACGCAAAGGCGGCCACCCUUCGCCGCUUAGCUACCGACAGUUCAAAGUCGUCAUGGUGGUGUGGAUGGUCGGAUGCGCGCUUUCAGCUGCCGUGUUCGCCGUCGAAUGUUGGCAUGGCCAUGGUGGCAGUCCCCGAUUGCACUAAUCUCUGCAGCACAAAUAAUAUUACAAUAUUAUUAUUAAUAUUUUUUCGGAUUGACAGCACGCCCACACCCGCAUCGUGUGUUGUCUCUAACUUUACAAAAGUAAAAUUCGAGUUCAGCAGUUCCAAUUGUGUGUAUAGGUAUAAGAUAGCUUUAAAAUUAGAGUGAAUCUACCUAUAUAGUCAAACAUAUUUAAUAUUAUUAACAGGAAUCUCUCGAUGGUUUUCUACGACAUUUUGAUUUUAGGCAAUUAGGUAUAUUAUGUGAGAAAGUAUGAUUUAAAAAUUAUCAUAACCCCUUUAAAAAUUAAAACCGUAAAAAACCAUCGAGAGAU